GGAAAUAGGCGGCACUAGAUUUACCGUCAGCGAAUAAAAAAAACCCACAUGGCGUCCGACGAUUCCAAGAUGGCAGACAAAGAACAAGCUCUUCAUGCUCCCAUAGAAUGGGCACAAAGAAAAGACAAGUUAUACAUUACAGUUGAUGUUGAUGACUGCACAGAACCCCAAAUAGAGCUAACAGAAACGUCAUUAACAUUUAGGGCAAGAGGAGGAGCAGAAAAGAAAUUGUAUGAAUCCAAAAUUGAAUUCUUCAAAGAAGUAGACCCAAAGGAAUCAAAAUAUACUGUCCUUCCUAGGAAUGUUCCAUUUGUGAUAAAGAAGAAAGAAGAGGGUCACUUCUGGCCUCGUUUAAUAAAAGAUAAAUUUAAGGUUCAUUGGAUAAGAACAGAUUUUAAUAAAUGGAAAGAUGAAGAUGAUUCAGACUAUGAAGAAGAUGCAGGAGACAUGGAUUUAGAAGCAAUGAUGUCAAAAAUGGGUGGCUUAGGUGGAAUGGAUAAUCCAAUGGGAAUGAUGAACAAUAUGGGAGGCAUGGGUAUGGGUGGUCAAGAGGACGGUGGAAAAGACUCGGAAGAUAGUGAUGAUGAAGAUUUGCCAGACUUGGAAUGAUUUAUUUAGAAGAAGGAGAGGAACUACAUGAACUUCACAAGAACAACAGCUUUCUUUAAAUGUCCUCAUAAAAUCAGAGACUAGGAAUAUUUACUGAUUAAGAGUCUUCUUUACUAGAAAUGUUUACUUUGUAGAUGGUUAUUUUAGCUCACCUGGGCCAAAAGCUCAAAUGGGCUUUUUUUAUCAAAAUUUAUUCUUUGUCUGUCGUUGUUUUCAGCAUCAGCACAAAUUUUUGACAAUACUAAUUUUCAAAUUUUAGCCAAGAACAACAAUGCAAAUGAUUAGAGUUAUACAUACAUAAGAUGUAGGGAAAAUAGUAAAAUUCUUAAGAAAACCAAAACCAUGAUAGUUGAAAAAAUAUAGAAACAUUUUUAGAUAGAAUAGAUUCAAGUUCAAACACAUGACCCCCAGGGAAAAGAGUAGGGUCACAACGGGGGAACAGAAUACUGUAACAGAUAGGAAAAUGUAGGAAAUACCUUUUAAUUUUUUUUUUUCAAGAAGGGCAGAUCCGUGAUUAGUCAUAUUAAUUCAGAAGCAUCUUCAGGUAUGGAGAUUCAAGUUAAUUCAAAUUAUGACUCCCUUGAAUAAAAUAAGCCCAAUUAGGCAACAUUUCACAAGGAAAAUAUAUUAAGAAAACCUCUUCUCAACAACAGCAUAUUAUGUAAAAGGGAUUAUUUACACUGGUUGUUAAGUACAAUGUAUGUGUCUGUAACUGUCCAACAUUACUAUGGGCGUUACCAAGAAAAGGUCGAGUUGUUUACAUGCAGAAAUUAUUACAAACAAACAAAACAAUAAUUUAUACUGGUCAUGAAUAUGUGCAUUUUCCCUUAAUUUCUAUGACAGUUGCACAGUCAAAAGUGGAGAAGUGUGAAGAACUGCAGGUACAUACACUUUAAUUAUUUACACACUCUCAAACAGCAAAGUGGGAUCUACUUAAUGUACUUAGCCGUUGUUGACAAUUAACUCAAUAGAUAUAUUUGUAGUGACUUUAUGUUACAUUUUAGAAUAAUUAUUUGAAAUUAAGAGAGACAUACACAAACAUACAAAGGAAAUGAGAAUGAGUAUCAAUGUAUUGAAGUUCUAAUUGUCUGAUGUUUCUUUAAGAUAUUUAAUAAGAUGUAAUUUUCAUUGCACAAUAAAGAAAAAAAAU